AUGGCGGACUCUCGCCAACGUCCGCUGCCUCUGGUGCCAGCGCAAGACAGGACGCACUUUAACCUGGACCGUUCGACGUUGGAGCCAGAACACGAGGAGACAUGGGCAGAGUCGCUUCAUCGCCGCUACUCAGAGCCGCCCGCGUACACUGCGCUGCGGACGUCCACUGAUCUGAGUCUCAGUCGCUCGCCUUCGUACGCCUCGAGGCUACCUGGCGGUUUUGUUCCUCCGUCUCCCAGCUCUGCAGGACCCCUUACGCCAGUGCUCUCCGAGAUGCAUCCCGAGCUCACAUGCGAGCAUCAGCACAUACUCAAGUCACUUGGCAAGGACUGGGCUGCCCUUUUCGUCCGAAGCCGGGCGUCUGCUGCUCAUCCUCGACCCCUUCUGUACUCAGGCGAUGAUGUAUCUGGUCGUGUGAGCAUCGCUCUCGGCAAGCUCGGCCAAAUACAGCGCGUCGAAGUGGUCCUGCAGGAGUUCGUGCACGGACGUAUCACGCCUGCUGCAGAAACCCGCAAGGUUCUGCUGCCGAGCGAUGUGGAUGCGUCGCUUGUACGCGCAGGGCUCGUUGAAUGGGGCUUCGCACUCACCCCGGCCUUGAAUGGCUCAUCGCCGUUGCUUAUGGCCUUACCUGCGGAACAGCGAGUCCAAGACGGACGGCGCACGUGCCUACUUCUCGUGACGGUCUAUCGUCGUGGGAUGCUAAACCAGAAUCCUGCGUUGAGACUGCCAAUCGAGUAUCUGGGUCCUAGUUCGAGCACCGCCACCAUAGACAACAUUCCUGCAUCCGUCUCUGUACACGAUACACCCCCACAAUCGCAACAUCGAGACUGGGCCCCGCAACCCGACUUCCCUGAGCUACGCAUCAGAGGGCACCUCUUCUCCGACCGGGGAGCAGGCAAUACCGACAUCAGCGUACGGCUUGCCGUUCCUAAGCGCUAUCCCUCGUGCGCGCCCAUCCCUCUGCGCGCGGUGCUCUCCUGUGCGGAUCGCCGCGCGCUGGACUUGCUCCACUCCAAUCCCAACGGGCUCGACGUACAAAUGAUCAAGAUCGUCGCCCAUGGAGACGCUGCUGCGCGCAUUGGACCUCUCAGCCUCGGUCAUCGCAGCGAGUUCUUCAGACGCGUGCCCGUGGCGCGUGGGCAGUUCCGCGCCUCCGAUAUCAUCUACGGCGAAGACGAUUCUACACUGUGGCGACUAGACAUCGAAGGAGAGCUGGUCGCUCUUCCUGAUGCAGGAGAAGUUGGACCCACGCUGAGGUUUCCCGAUUUGGUCGUGAUGUACACCAUCGUCUUAUUCCCUUUCAAGGUCGCUGGUUUCAAGCCCAUCUCAGCCCCGAACAAACAGCUAUUUAUUGCCGAGAUUCCCCUCCUACCAGUUCGCGGGGUCAGUUGA